AUGGCGGCGGCGGAGACACUGGUGCGCGGCCUGGCGCGGCUUCUGCAGGACGCGGGGGACCUUGUCUUGGACGGCUCCAGCACGCUGACGCUGCUCACCCCCACCCUGCAGCACCUCACGCAGGUCUUCGAGCAGCACCUGGGCUUCCGCAACCAGAACCGAGGCUUUGUGGCCCUGCCCUCGCACCCCGCCGAGACGGCCACCAUCCUCCAGGCACAGUUCCUUUUCGAUGUCCUGCAGAAGACUCACUCCUUGAAGCUUGUUCAUGUAUCAAAUUGUGUUUUGCAAUCUGCUGUGAAGAUCUUCCCUUUCAAGUCCCUCCGACAUCUCGAACUGAGGUCUGUCCCUCCACACUGCCUCCAAGGACUGCGAUUUGUUUAUUCUCAGCUGGAAUCUCUAACCUGUUGCAAAUGUAUCAGUACUCUGGAGGAAAUCAUAUCAGCAUGUGGUGGAGAUCUGAGCUGUGCUCUGCCAUGGUUGGAAUUGCAGACUGUGAACUUCAGCUAUAACUCGAUCACUGCCUUGGAUAACUCACUGCAAUUACUGAAUGCUCUGCGAGUCUUGGAUUUGAGCCACAACAAGAUCCAGGAUUGCGAGCACUAUUUAACAACCCUUGCAGAACUAGAAUACCUCAAUCUGGCUUAUAACUUCCUGUCCAAGGUGCCAAACCUUGGCAUCUUCAGCCAAUCCAAGCUGGUGACUCUGAUCCUGCGUAACAACGAGCUUGACAGCAUUAAUGGAGUUGAACAGCUAGUGAACCUGCAGCACCUAGAUGUGGCUUAUAACCUCCUGCUGGAACAUGCCCAGUUGGCACCAUUGUCCACUCUGCACUAUUUUAAAAAACUGCAUUUAGAGGGAAACCCAUUAUGGUUCCAUCAAAACCACCGAUCUGCAACCCUUGUACAUCUGUCUCCCAGGGCAGCCUCCUCCAAUUUCCUCUUGGAUGGGGAGCCACUCUCUUCCUCGGACCUAAUGCACCUUCCAAGACUUCUGCAAAGUGUGUCACAGUCCAUCCACACUUCUACCUCAGAGAAGACUGCACUGGACCGCAGUGCUCUGGACAGUUCCUGUGCUGCAGACUUCAGUGACAGUCAGUCUCCAGCAGAGAAUGUGGCUGUCAGACUCCCUCGGAAGAAAAGCAAGGGAAAAGUCAAAGUGCGCAGAGCAAGUAUUUCGGAGCCCAGCGACACAGAACAUAAGCCCCAGGUUUUGCCUCUGUCUGCUGGCCUGGUCCUACAGCACCAGAAGGAGAUGGAGCGCUUGGACAGCUUCAGAGAUCGUUUUGGUGUUGACUGGCUGCAGUACAAGAAACACCUGGAGGAGCAUGACCAAGUACCUGUCAUCUGCCAUAGCCAUUCUGCAGAUGAAAUCACAGACAGACCUACUGCAAUGGACUUGCAGAGUGAGAGCUCUGACCCAGAGCAAGGAACACCACAGGUAUCACAGGAAGAAUCCUCUCCUUUGAAUGAUACUGAGAAGGAGGAAGAGCCGGAAGCACAGCUGGAUGAGCCUGUAGCAGAACAGAGAGGAGAAGAGGAAGCAGAUGAGCUAAUGCUGGGGGAGGAGGAUGAGGAGAAGCCAGAAGUGGACCUUUGCCAGCCAGUGCUGGUAAGCCAAAUAGAAGGGGAAGGGGACCCAGAGCCAGACUGGAUCUUUCUGCGAGUCACAGCUAAGCAUGUGGUUGAGGUGGAACUGAAGGCUGGCAGAGUCCUCCACAAGCUGGAGCUGAAAUGCUUGCAGAAGGUAGAAACCUCUGAAAUGAACUGGAAGAGGAUGGACCUGGAGCGAGUUUUCCCUGUCCUUACGUUGCACUUCAGCUACAUCCGCAAGGACCGGCAGAAGCGUAAAUACGUGGUGCUUGAUGACUGCCCGGAGCAGUGCCUGCAGUGCGUCCUUGAAGUGUUGUCCCCAGCUGUUGAAGAGAAUCGUCAAAAUCAAGACCAGGAAAAGGGAUUUAUGAAGCUCCAGUGCCUGAAAUGCAAGCGGGAGUUUUCACAGCCCCUGGUUCCCUGGCACAAAAGUUCUUACCCUUCAGAGGCUGAAGAUGCCAAAAUCCUGGAGAGCCUAGCCACCUCAAAUCAAGAUGCUGCAGCACCUUCUGAGCCUAUAGCCUGUCCCAGUUGUUGCAGUGACCACGUGGUCAUCCUGCCUUCAGAGGUGUACUCCAGCACACCUUUGGCUCCUGGCCCUGACAGCAUGAGUGAGGAUCUGUCAGACUCUGUCCUGGAGGGAGGCAGCCAGCAGGAGGGCCCAGAGGAAGUACCGUGUGAGAGUGGGAAGCUCUCCGUCGGCGGGGAGGACAGCUUGCUAAUAGAUACCAGCAACAGCACCAGGACCCCAGAACUGAGUGACCACGACGGCAGCACUCUCCAUGCCAGCUCCCGCAGUUCAGAUGGGGGCUGUGGGAAGAAGGAGCUGGGCAUAAAGAGCCAGUACUCAUCCCUCAGCCACGUAGACACCAAUGGAAGCAGCUUGAUGGGGAGCUACCGUUACAGUGUUUCUUGUGAGCCCACUCCUUCCCAGCUCUCUUUGAACUCCGAGUCCGAGGAAAUGUGGAAUCUCAGUCCCUCUGUAAACAGCAUCCUGAACGCAAGGGACUUCCAUUCUGUGGAUCAUCGACUGAAGCUCUACCUGGAUAUGGAGGUUUUUGAGGAGAACACUGAGGAGUUCCAGUUCUUCCUCAAGGUGGUCAUGGUGAAGUUUGGCCGAAAAGGAGAGUUCCUCUCAAUUCUAGUUGCCUCUGAUUUCAAGAUUUAUGUGCUGGAAGUCACUGGAGCUAUCAGGGGACAACCUGCAGACUGGCUGAAGAAGAAUGACUCUUACUACCUGUCUGAUAUUUCCCAUCUGGAAGUGGGACUCUGCCACCAGAGCUUGCGAAUGGAGUUUGAGAACCCAAAAGCCUCCUACAAUCUGCUGAUCCGGAACCAAAGCUGCUGUGACCAGUUCCUGCAGACCUUGACAUGCCUCAUACAAGAACUGCCCGCUAAGCACAGGAGUAAGGUGAAGGAAAUCCCCACUGUGGAAAUGAAUCCACAACAUCAGCUAUGGCCUCUGCUGGACUCCAAGACCACAGAUUCUGCAGAUGACACUUGCUUCUUCUACCUGCUGGCCUACCUGAUCCAAGGGACAUCUGCUUUCCCUGUGACCCUGCUGAGCACCCACACUAUGCUGUUUCUUCUGGAAGAGAAUCACCAAUGGCAGGUGCAGCCCUCCUUGGAUGAAGACAGUGAGGCAGAAAUGCCUCCUGGUAGCAACAUCCAGUUGAAGGAGAAGCAGCCGAUCAGCAGUAUUAGCAGUGUCAUAACCUAUCGCCUCUGUCCCUGUGACAUCAAGCUGAUGCUUUAUGAUGAGGUGCUGAAAGUGGAGAGCACUUGGCACAUCCGCACAGAGUGCCCUGAGCUCCUGGUAGAGCUGGUGGAGUGGAUCCGCAGGCCCUGGGAGGAGAUGUUCUCCAUCGAGCUACGGAAGGCUGUGUGCGAAGGACUGGAGUGAGCUUGUUGGCUGUAGGCAGGCAGGACAGGGAGUCA